ACGCUCUUAAUUGUUCUUGUAUUCUGCAGUGACGUGCGUGACUUCCUGAAUUAUGAACAUCGUGUCUUUAACAGUGAGGAAUUCCUCCGAUCGAGAGAGACGAACGAUCACGCCUUUUACAAGAAGGUUUUGGACACUCAUAUAUUCCACACGUUUCUACGGGAUCGUCUGAAUAGAAAGAAAGACGCCUUCACUCAAAUGGAGCUGAACACCUGCUCAGAGACUCGCAGGUUGCGGGCCAUGAAGGAGUCUUCACGCAGGCCCACCAUUGACGAGAUGAGCCACAAGUACUCCCGAGCAGAGACCGGUCUGAAUAAGAGACUGGGGAUGAGCAUGCCUAACCUGGCUGACGGCAGAUUACUAACCGUACCUGUCCGACACACGUCGAUGAAGACGAUGCUUUCACAGUGCGGUUUCUGGAGUCCCUCAAGGCUAAUCAAAACCUUUAAACUCCCAGACUUCCCUCCUCCACUGGCCUACCACUACGUUCAGAAUUACUACACUGAGCUCAUUAACCAGCUGAGCAAAGCCAUCUCUGUGGUAAACCCAGACGACUCUGCCCUCCUGGCGCGUUACUAUUACCUACGAGGACUGGUGAACUCCGUUGCCGGGAGACACGUGGAUGCCCUCGGAGACUUCCAGAGCUUGUAUAAGACAGACAUGGACAUAUUUCCCGCCAAGCUGGUCAAUACUCUAGUUGAGUCUCUGCCAGCGGAGGAAAGAAAGUUGGCUGAGCGAAGGACCGAAUUAAAACGCUUGAUGAGCCACGUGAAAAGAGACAAUGAACGGGAACGGGCGCUACCGUUGGAUGGCGGUACAGUGAAGAGAUUCGAGCUGCCCAAGAAACACUUGCACAUGGAUGACUUUGUGCGGCGGGUUCAGGAGUCGGGCAUCGUCAAGGACCUGGGCACCAUCCAGAGACUGUUUGAAGCACUUACAGUGGGUACGGAGGACUUGUCCCAAUCUGUUUUUUACCUUGAGGUGGAUGGUCAACAGAAGCAGGUAGAUCCAGACACUUUCCGAUUCUUCUACCACUUCUGGAAGGAGACGGAAGCUGCGGCUCAGGACGUGGACUUACCAGCCAUCGUGCUGGAACACAUGGAGACCAACGAGUGUGUCUACAAACUCUCAUCAUCGGUGAAGACCAGCCACGGCGUGGGAAAGAUCGCCAUGACCCAGCGCAGACUCUUCCUGCUGACAGAGGGGCGGCUGGGAUACAUUGAGAUCACAAAGUUCAGAGAUAUUGAGGAAGUGAAGAUUUCUUCUGCUCCUUUCCUCCUCCUGAGGAUCCCAUCGCUGAAGAUCAAGACGUCCUUCAGGAAAGAGUCGUUUGAGGUCAAUCUGAAGUCUGAGUGUGACCUCUGGCAUCUGAUGAUCAAAGAGAUGUGGGCGGGGAGGAAGAUGGCCGACGAUCAUAAGGACCCUCAGUUCAUGGAGCAGGCCUUGACCAACGCCCUGCUGAUGGACGCUGUGGUCGGCUGUUUGCAGACUCAGAAAGCCGUUUACGCUGCUACAAAACUCGCCUACUUUGACAAGAUGAAAUCUGAGGUACCCAUGAUGGUUCCUAAAACUACAUCUGAGACCCUGAAGCACAAGAUCAACCCCUCUCUGGAUCUGACAUCACCUCAAGCUGUGGACGUUCUGCUCUACACGCCUGGUCAUCUGGGUGUGUCGGACUUGAGCAGCGGUGGAAACCCAAAGCUCUGGUGUGCUAUAAGUGAUGGGAAGGUUCUGGUGUUUGACGCAACCAGCUGGUCCAUGCAGCAGAACUCGGUGCAAGUGGGAACCUCUCGCCUGAACUGCAUGUUGGCAGUGAAUCAGCAGCAGCUGUGGAUCGGAUCUCAGGAUUCAUUUAUUUACAUCAUAAAUCAGCACAGCAUGUCCUGCAACAAACAACUGACGGAGCAUCGCUUUGAGGUCACGGGACUCGCGCUGGAGGAGAGAACCGAAAAAUACAGUCAGAUGGUGGCGUACUCGUGCAGUGUGGAGGGUACGGUGAUCGUGUGGGACGUGUCCUCGCUGCAGGUCAAACGGCAAUUCCGAAUAUCAUGUGACCGGCUGCAGUCCAUUGAGAUUCAUAACGGCAUGCUGUGGUGCGGUGCCCGCGAUUGUCUGAUUGAAGUGCGCAGAAACGGUACGGUACAUCGGAAGGUGUCGCUUCCAGAUCACCUGCUGAGUUCGCCGGGGGGGUUUAGCAGUUUCCUGCUUUUUAAUGAGUCGGAGCAGCUGUGGGCCGGUUUCGCAGACGCAGGCGAGCUGUGUAUGUGGCACUGCAGGGAUCUGACCAGACCCAUAAUCCGAAUCCAGUUGAAAGACUGCACCGGGGUCGUCUGCAUGAUCAAAGUCAAGAAGCAGAUCUGGGUCGGUUGCCGCGGACACAGCAGCGCAGGAAAAGCUCGCGGGAAGAUCUACGUCCUGAACAUGGACCGGUGCACGGUAGAGAAGGAGCUGGUGGCACACACGGACAGCGUUCAGACGCUGUGUUCGGCCGAAGAUCGUUACGUGCUCAGCGGAGCCGCGCAGGACGACGGCAAAAUCGGCAUCUGGAAAGUGGAGUAGGAACCAGCAGGAGCACGAAAUAAUCUCAAUAGCAUCUCCCGCUGCUAACCAGUGGGCCGGUGUGGAUUAGUAAAAUGUUAUGAGGCAUUUCGGACUUGAUCUGCUCUUAAUAUCAGAACUGUGGAUAUGUUUGGCCAUCUCUCCAUUAUAAAGGGACUUGAAGAUUUGCUCUUAUGGGCAUAUGAAAAGUACUUUCACUACAUAACUCUUACUAAAAGUCAACAUUGAAGGGAAAGACACGAUUUAACACUAGUACAUUUAUUAUGAAUCCGCAGUGUUAUUUAAGCACUCUGUCAUUAUAAAGACUUCCUGUGGAGCUGAAAUACUAGCGACCAUUUAAAUGUUGUUAAGUGUUUUAAAUAUGAAUGUUCUUUUUUCCUUGGGGGUCAUUAUGAUGUCAUAAAUGUGAUUUGUCACUCAGCUUCACCCUCUAUAAACAAAGGGCCACAUGAUGCCAUUUUACAAAUGUGAAAUUGCACUUUACAGUUUUCUUAUGUAGUGAAUACUUUAGGCUAUACAGGUAGUUUAUUUGUUUUUUGUUUUUUUACCAACUUUGUACAUGCAUAUGAAAUGUAAAGAGCUUUUAUAAAUGCAUUAUCAUCCAUCGUCCUGUCCCUAUUUAAUAUAUAAUAUUCCAAAAUCAUUUUAAUUGACAUUGUUUUUGUUUUGAAGCUUUUAACGAGUUCAGAAAUGCCAUUUUUAGACAGUGAGACAGAGUGUGUGUGUGUGUGUGUGUGUGUGUGUGAGGGAGAGUGUGUGUGUGAGAGAGAGAGAGAGUGUGUGUGUGAGAGAGGGAGAGAGUGUGUGUGUGAGAGAGGGAGAGUGUGUGUGUGUGAGAGAG